AAGCAAAACUAGCUCAUCCCCACAACCCAAACUCUUUCUUCAUCUUUCAGAUUCCUAUCCGACGGCGACUCAGUUGUGACCAUGGCUGAGUUGGUGGGCGGAGCUUUUCUCUCUUCUUUCCUCAAUGUUUUGUUCGACCGGAUGGCUUCCCGUCGCUUCCUCGAUUUCAUCUCUGGGAAGAAAAACGACAACGAGCUGCUCAUGAGGGAGUUGAAGCUCAAGUUGCUCACUGCUAACAAGCUGGUUGACGAUGCCGAGGAGAAGCAGAUGACAAGACCGACCGUGAGGAGGUGGCUCGACGACCUCAAAGAUGCUAUCUAUUGUGUAGGAGAGUUGCUGGAUGAGAUCAACACUGAAGCUCUUCGACGCCAGCUGGAAGGUGACGAUGAGCAUUCUCCUGCAGCUAGCAGCAGCACAAGCUGGAUCACAUCAGUAUUCAAGUCUUCUUCUCCGUCCGAUGAAUUUCACGACUCUCUUGAACCGAAGAUAUCAAACAUUCUGCGGGUGUUAGACCUCAUUCUCAAUGAAAAAGACGUUCUUGGUCUGAAAGAAGGAGUUCAACAUAGACCACAAGACACAACUCGUCAAACUACUUCUCGGGUCGAUGAGUCUGGCGUCUUCGGAAGGAAAAAAGAGACAGAAACUAUUCUUAAAGCUUUGCGUUCGGAUGACACGACUGGCGCUAAGAUAGGAGUGCUUCCCAUCGUGGGCAUGGGAGGGAUCGGGAAGUCCACCCUUGCUCAACGUGUGUACAAAGAUGUCAAGGAUGACUUUGAUGUCCGAGCAUGGGUUUGUGUCGGAGAAGAACUUGAUAUUCUUCAAAUAGCGCAAACAAUAUAUGGGAGGAUCACGGAUCAAACUUGCGGGAUCACAGAUCUGGAUCUGCUUUCUGAAAGGUUGGAGAAGGUUUUGACAGGAAAAAAGUUCCUCUUCGUUCUUGAUGAUGUCUGGAGUGAGGAUUAUCUUCUUUGGAAAAACUUGAUGACUCACUUCAAUAGUUGCGGAGUACGCGGAAGUAAGAUCAUUGUCACAACACGCCAAGGACGCGUUGCAUCUAUCACCAGGCCUCUUUCAACACAUUAUCUACAGGGAAUAUCCGAGGACGAUUCUUGGUCGUUAUUUGCAAAGCAUGCCUUCACGGAAGACAGUGUUAUUCCUGCCCAUCCGCAUCUUGAAGCCAUUGGAAGGCAAAUUGUUAAGAAAUGUCAAGGCCUUCCUUUAGCUAUAAAAUCAAUGGGGGGCCUGCUAUACUCUGUUUUGAAUCCAAGGGAAUGGGAAAAGAUAUUGAAGAGUGACUUAUGGGAGUUGCGAAAUGAUAAGGUUUUGCCGGCUCUAUGGUUAAGUUACCAAUAUCUACCUCCGCAUCUCAAACGUUGUUUUGCUUAUUGUGCAAUAUUUCCUAAAGGUUACAGAUUUCAAUCUUCAGAGUUAAUUUUAUGGUGGAUGGCUGAAGACCUCUUACAACCCCACGGGAAGGAGGCAUUGGAAGAUGUUGGAAGUGAUUACUUUGAUAUUCUAGUAUCAAGGUCUUUCUUUCAACAUUCAAAAGUGUAUGGGAAGUCAUGUUUCACCAUGCAUGACCUUAUCAAUGAUUUAGCAAAGUUUGUAUCUGGAGAGUUUUGUUUGAGAUUGGAGGACGACCAUCUGACAGUCGACAGAAAUAUAUGCAGAGUUCGUCAUGUUUCUUCCAUGAACUUCUGCAAUCAAAGCACUCAGAAUCUUGGGGCGCUAUAUGAGGCUAAGCAUUUGCACGGCUUUCUACGACUACAUUCGGUACAUUUUUUCAGAUUGGGAAACAAACCGAUUGAUCUAUUGCCAGUUCUACCAUAUUUAAGAGUGCUCAAAUUAGAAGAUCGGGAUAUUGUUGAGUUACCUAGUUCAAUUGGCGACUUAAAACAAUUAAGGCAUUUGGACGUGUCUCGGACUCCCAUAACAGAAUUACCUGGUAAGGUGUGCAACUUGUACAAUUUACAGACCUUGUUAUUGGAAUAUUGUGAUCGGCUGAUUCAACUACCUUCCGAAUUGGGGAGACUAAUCAACUUGCGCCAUCUCAAUAUCAGAGGAACAAAGAUCAAACAGAUGCCUGCAGGGAUGUGUAACUUGAAAAAUCUCCAGACAUUAAGCGAUUUUGUGGUGGACAAACAAACAGGUCAAAGGAUUGGAGAGUUAAAAGAGCUUCAGCAUUUGCGCCAAGAUCUUACAAUCUCGGGAGUUGGUAACAUUGACCAUGAGGGGAAUGCUUUGGAAGCAGAUAUCAUGAGCAACAAGGAGUAUCUGGACAAACUUGUUUUGACAUGGGGAAGAGGUUAUGAUACUAGUAAUCAUGAUCCAGAAAAUGACAGAGAAGUGCUCAACAACCUCCAACCUCAUACAAACCUCAAACAACUUGAGAUUAUAUCUUAUGGGGGUUUAGAAUUUCCAGGUUGGUUAGCAGAUCCAUCUUUCUCUAAACUAUCUCAUAUUGUACUUAAAGAUUGCAAACAUUGCCGCUUAUUGCCACCACUUGGGCAACUACGCUUCCUCAAGAAUCUUUAUAUUCAAGGGAUAAAUAACGUGGUGGAGAUAGAUAGCGAGUUUUACGGUAAUGAUGCUCCGUUUAUAGCUCUAGAAAAAUUGUACUUGCGAAAGAUGUGGAACUGCCAAAAGUGGUUAUAUUAUGAUGGAAGCAGAGGCAAUACCACAAUACUGUUUCCUAAUCUUCGUGAGCUUGAACUGAGCAGAUGUCCCAAGCUGACUGAGAUAGUACCGUUGGAGAAGUUGCCAAGGCUUGAAAGGGUAAAAUUGAGGGACCUGGAAUCCUUCAGCGGUUCACUUGCACAUGUGGAAUCUGAAUGCCCUAAAUUCGUCUCCCUCGUUCACUUGGAAAUAGAAAACUGCCCAAAUUUUGUAUGUUUUCCAGAUGGAGGGAUGGAUGCACCCAAAUUGGAGGAGCUGUGUAUCUCUGAAUGCAAGAAAUUGAGGUCGUUGCCAGACCAAAUGCAUACCCUUCUACUGUCUCUUCGGAUAUUGAAAGUGUUUGACUGUCCAGAAGUGGAAUCAUAUUACGAUGGAAGCAGAGGCAACACCACAAUACUGUUUCCUAAUCUUUGUGAGCUUGAACUGAAAAGAUGUCCCAAGCUGACUGAGAUAGUACCGUUGGAGAAGCUGCCAAGGCUUGAAAGGGUAAAAUUGAGUCACCUGGAAUCCUUCAGCGGUUCACUUGCACAUGUGGAAUCUGAAUGCCCUAAAUUCCUCUCCCUCGUUCACUUGAAAAUAAAAAACUGCCCAAAUUUUGUAUGUUUUCCAGAUGGAGGGAUGGAUGCACCCAAAUUGGAGGAGCUGUUUAUCUCUCAAUGCAAGAAAUUGAGGUCGUUGCCAGACCAAAUGCAUACCCUUCUACUGUCUCUUCGGAUAUUGAAAGUGUUUGACUGUCCAGAAGUGGAAUCAUAUUACGAUGGAAGCAGAGGCAACACCACAAUACUGUUUCCUAAUCUUUGUAAGCUUGAACUGAAAAGAUUUCCCAAGCUGACUGAGAUAGUACCGUUGGAGAAGCUGCCAAGGCUUGAAAGGGUAAAAUUGAGUCACCUGGAAUCCUUCAGCGGUUCACUUGCACAUGUGGAAUCUGAAUGCCCUAAAUUCCUCUCCCUCGUUCACUUGGGAAUAGAAGACUGCCCAAAUUUUGUAUGUUUUCCAGAUGGAGGGAUGGAUGCACCCAAAUUGGAGGAGCUGCUUAUCUCUCAAUGCAAGAAAUUGAGGUCGUUGCCAGACCAAAUGCAUACCCUUCUACCGUCUCUUCGGAUAUUGAAAGUGUUUGACUGUCCAGAAGUGGAACCAUUUCCUCAAGGAGUGUUGCUGUCAAAUUUACAAGACCUUUCUUUUGAGUGUUGUAGAAAACUCGCCGCAAACCGCUCACUGUGGGGUUUAACAAGACUCAACUCUCUUAGAAAGUUGGAAAUCAACUUCACUGAAGAAGGUGGAGAAGAAAUGGGAUGUUCGUUUCCGGAUGAGGGGCUCCUGCCCACCGCUCUCACUGAACUCGCCAUCCGCAAACAUCCGAAUCUUACAACAAUCCAAGGCAAGGUGUUGAGACAACUCACCUCUCUUCAAUACCUCACAAUACAAGGAUGCCCUGAGGUCCAGUGCUUUCUUGAAGAAGCGCCAAAAUCUCUGAAAGGCUUGUUUAUUAGUGAGUGCCCUAAUAUCAGGUGCUUGCCAGGAGAAUGGCUUCCCACGUCUCUUUCUCAUCUGUCUAUCCGGGAGUGUCCGCUGCUAAAAGAACGAUUCCGGAGAGAGACAGGGGAAGAUUGGCCCAAGAUUGCUCACAUCCCCAACGUGUUUGUAUUUUAGAUGUUCUUGAAAUUGGCUCUCUCUCUCUCUCAGGUGUAAGUGUAUAUCCAGCAGCACAUGCUCUUGUUGUGCAGUGUUGAAUUUGCCACAAACUCUUCCUAAUGCAACAACAAAGGGGGAGCUGCUAUAGCCCUUGUUGUUUUGCGAUGGAGUAGUACUGUGUACAUGAUUACUAGGCUAAAACAAUUUCAUUAGCAGAUCCCAA